AUGGACCCCCGUGGUGAAACAGGCAUCAUGCCCGGGAUUGCAGAGAAAGUUCGACAUAUGGCAGGCAUCACAAACUGGGUGCACCCCGCAGUUGCUUUGCUGCCUCCAGCGGGCGGCUCCAAUGCGGUCUCUUUCAGAGACGACAAGGAGUGCGGAGACGCAGACGUGCAGCAUCAGCGCGAGCUGACGUUUCCGGAGCAGUCAACUCCGCAUGCACUGUCUCUUGCCGAGAUCUCUGGCCUCGCAAAGCCGAGAGCAGUUCCACCUGCCUUCGUUCCGUCGGCUCAAAAUGGCGGCUACACAAAAGAACAGCUCAAGGAUUGGGGCUACCCUGAGUACGAUACCAAAUACGACGACCCGAGAUGGCUGUCGGAACAGUUUCGGCGUGAAACUGACGAUCCUCGCGAGAAUCCAAACUUUUACCUGACUCAGGAGGAUCCAGAGUUCUGGAACAAUGCGGCGCGCAAGCCGCACAUGAAAGCGCUGAUGCAAUCCGAUGAUCACUGGAAGUUGAGAAAAAAUACUUGGCUCCAGCAGUUCUCGGAGGUGCAGACCACGAAUCAAUUCCGACGAGAGCUCGCGGACCGAUUGGACGAAUGCGCCAUGGCCACUCGGCGUCUGGUCACACCCAUUCUGCAUCACAGGGCAGUGGAGGCCUACUUGAUGCAGGUGGUGCGGCAAGCUCAAGAGCGUGGUGUUCCGUUUCCUCAAUUCCUUGAGGCUCCUGAGACGCAGAGGAUGCUCUUCGACUUUCGCAAUACCAUCGAUGCAGAAGGUGACAAGGGUGCCGAUCGGAUUUUCCAGGAUUGGCACCAGCGGGGUAUCAAGGAAGAUGCCGCCAAACUAGAGCGCCGCAAGAUCGAGGGGCCUAAGGCAAUUUCUAGUAUGAAGGAAGUGCAUGAUGGCCUGAGUUUCGCCACCAAGUAUCGCAAGGAUGGUGUGGUGGAGUGGGAAAGAGGCAAUGCCGAGGAUGCCCUAAAGGCGUGGCGACUUGGGUGCGAGGCGUUGGAAAGGAUCCGCGUGCCUGACACUCAUGCUUCCGAGCAGAAAUUCUUCUCGGAGGUCCGAGUGGCGCUCUUGAAGAACAGAGCUCUAGCAGCACUCAAGCUGCAUGGUUGGCAGGAGGCGCUUGAAGCUGCAGAGGAUGUGCUCAAGACGGAUGACCAGGACCACAAAGCUUGGUUCCGGAAAGCUUGCGCUUUAGAAGGCCUGGGCCGCCUCAAGGAGGUGGAGAGAUGCCUGAAGAUGAUAGACACCAUUGCAGUCGGGCGUCCAGACAGGGACCGCCUGGAGCGUGAGACGUCUGCCAAGAGGGAGAAGGUGCAAGCACUGCUCAGCCGAGACGAGGCGUCGCAGCAGCGCAUGCUGAAGCUGGGACUGAAGAAAGGCCUCUUCAGCGAGGAGCGGGCUGCUGCACCUGUCCUGAAGAAGGAGCAGCAGGCCUUGGCACCGGAUGUCCUCGGACAGACUCCGGCGUUGAUGAAUGUGGACGAUGCCACUAGAAAGCGGCUUACGCACGAUGGCACCGAAGAGCUUCUGAAGGAGCUUGAGCUCGUUUACUCGGAGCCCAACUUCCGAGAGCAGGUACGGAAGCUUGCUCGGGAUGUGAAUGACCAGGAGGAGUUUGUUCGCUACCUGAAUCAGGUGGCUUUGCCAGUGCAGAAGCCGGUUCUGGAGCGAUGGGGCUUCGAGGCAACAGAAACCGGAGUCACUGAGAUGCGAAAGGCCAUUCAGGACCACACCGUGGCUGAUGAUGCAAAGCUCAAGAGGCAAGCUCAAGCUACCACGCGCGCGCUGUAUGGCGAGAUGUACAACGCGGUCCGAGGCAAGACGGAUCGGGAGCGAGGCGCUCCGACGUCGGCCUCCUUCGUCCCGGAGAAAGAACGGCUGAAGCAAGCCGAGAAGAGGCUGCAACGGCGGUUACGUGGAGAGGACCCCAAUUCUGAUGACGAGACCAAAAGCAAGGAUGACCCGUCGCGGCUUUACGCCCAUUGGAGAUCUCGCUGA